GGCCGCGGCCGCGGCCGCGGGAACGAGCUCACCGCGUAACUGCUGCCAGACCAGCCCGGGAUCCUCAUCGCAUCCCAGCCUCGGUCUCAGGCGGUGAGCACUACAACUCCCGGCAUGCCGUGAACUUGAUGGCCGAGGCUCGGGGGCGGUGUCCAACGCUGCGGCCCACCCAGCUCUCCCGUGUCGUCCCCUCUGCUGCCCCGGCCGCGCGCGGAGCGGGGACGCGAGCCAUGGAGGAGCUGCCGCCCCCGCCUGUGGGCUCCAGCAAGCCGCACCUGGAGAAGAUGACCCUGGGGAUCACCCGCAUCCUAGAAUCAUCCCCAGGUGUGACAGAGGUGACCAUCAGAGAAAAGCCACCUGCUGAACGUCAUAUGAUUUCUUCAUGGGAACAAAAAAAUAACUGCGUGCUGCCUGAGGAUGUGAAGAACUUUUACCUGAUGACCAAUGGGUUCCAGAUGACGUGGAGCGUGAAGCUGGACGAGCACACCAUUCCAUUGGGCAGCAUGGAAAUUAACAGUAUCACAAAACUGACUCAACUCAACCAGUCUUCCAUGUACUCACUUCCUAAUGCACCCACUCUGGCUGAUCUGGAGGAUGAUACACAAGAAGCCUGUGAGAACCAGCCCGAGAAGCCUCACUUUGAUUCUCGCAGUGUGAUAUUUGAGCUGGAUCCUUGCAAUGGGAAUGGGAAGGUUUGCCUUGUCUACAAAAACGGGAAACCAGCAUUAGCGAAAGACACCGAGAUCUGGUUCCUGGACAGAGCGCUAUACUGGCAUUUUCUCACGGAGACCUUCACCGCCUACUACCGCCUGCUCAUCACGCACCUGGGCCUGCCCCAGUGGCAGUAUGCCUUCACCCACUAUGGCGUUAGCCCGCAGGCCAAGCAAUGGUUCAACAUGUAUAAGCCCAUCACCUACAACACAGACCUGCUCUCCGAAGAGACUGACUGCUUUGUGAACAGGCUGGAUCCUAGCAAAGUGUUCAAGAGCAAGAACAAGGUCUUAAUCCCCAAAAAGAAAGGGCCUGUCCAGCCGGCAGGUGGCCAGAAAGGGCCCUCAGCUCCUCCCUCCACGCCUAAAUCCUCCUCUGGCUCUGGAAACCCUGCCCGGAAAUGACCACCCCCGCCUCCAGCUCCCUGCCAGCCCCACAGGGAUGAUUUCCAUGCACAGAUGCCCCCGGCAGCCCCAGCCUGAGCGCCUCCUCUGGUCCGAGUGAACAACAUCCCAGGCCCUUUACUCCCAUUAGCGUGAGCCGGGAGUGAGAUGGGCACACUCAGUUCUCCCGGGCUCCUCAGGAGUCGCCCUCUCGUUCCCCUCACAGCAGGUUAUGUCACCCUUGCCUCCAGAGGCUGGGGAGGGUUUCGGAUCUCGCUGAAGUGGCCACACCUGUUGGGAGCUUCCUCUCUGCCCAGCCACUGCCCCCCACCAUUCAGCAGUGAUUAGAGAAGUCCCCCAAGAAACUGCUGGUUUUGACCCAUGAGGCAUUAGAACUGCAAUGUUCAAUUGGUGGCCACUAGUCACAUGAGGCUAUUUAAAUUACACUAAAAAUUCAUGUCCCCAUUGUAUGUAUUGCAUUAUAGCCACAUUGUGGAUAUUCACGUGACUAGCAGGUUCCAUACGGACAGUGCAGAGAUAAGGGGACAUCGCGUCCACCACAGCCUCACAUUCGCACUGCUCCUCGGGUCAGUUAACUUGUUAGAGAUGUUGAUACCUUAAUCUGAUGAGUGUAACCCUCCGUGUAAACUCUUGAAAUUAUAUUUGAAUGUUCUUUAUAUCCUUCACCACGAACAAAUGUCCCUCUGCUCAUUUCGUUUUCAGUUUCUUAUAGUUUCUUGCUUCCAGUUUUGUGUUUGCACUUGUACGCAAACUAUUUUUCUCAGUUGUUUGGGUUUUGGGGGGGAGGGAUUCUGCUGUACUGCAACCAUUUCAAAACAAACUCCAGAGAGCCGUUUUGCAGGACUGCCUGCUCAUAAGGAGCUUGGAUGAAGCCAGUCCCUGUGGACAGAGCGCUCCGCCUGCUCAGCCUGCUCCCAGCUGCUCAGCCGUCCCUGGAGUGACUGAAAGGCAGAUGGGGAACAGGUUACCAAGGGCAGCAGCUGGAGUUUAGACUUCCAGAAGUUUUUGUUGUUGGUCUUUUUUUGUUUCUUUGGUUUGGUUUGGUUUGUCCUGUGGGGUCUGAUCAAAUCAAAGGGAGAACCAGCACCAGAUAAGAGAUUCCAGCCUCUGGCUGCUCCUCCAAGACAAGUCCAGCUUAGGGGGCACUGAGAAGUCACAUCACCUUCCAGGGUGGUGGACGCCCUUCAUCUAGUACUUGUGCAGAAUUACUUUAGUUCUGAUUUAGUCCUAGGUUUUAACAGCAAAGGAGCAGAGGGGCCACGAGAGCAAUGGUGCCCUUCGAAGUGGUGGUAGUCAGUGGGGGUCCUCAAAGGGCUGUGGACAGAAGGGGGUUCUAAUGAGGAAAGGCUCUGGAGCUGCUCAGAAGGGGCCGAGCCAGCUGCCUGACACACAGGACCCAGUGCGAAGUGAGGGUGGAGGUCUCUGGGUCAAGCGUCCGGAAACUGUCAGGAAAGUUACUGAAACGUUUUCCUCUCUCCCGUGGUCUCUUCACAGCUUGUUAACAGCAGUUUUUGCUCCUUAAUGCUGUUCUAAGUAAAACUAAAAUUUUGAACUAUCAGCAUUAAUUUUAUUAUCUUUAUAUUGUCCAAUUCCAGUCCUAACUGCAAACAUAAAACAACUCAUGCAGAAUCAUCAAAAUUACAUCAUUUGUAUUUCAUAGCUUAUGUAUACAUAUUGUGUGUACAUGUAUGCUUACCACAACCAUGGAAACACUGCAUAAACCUAGCUCAGUGUUGUUAUUUCACUUCUUGAUAUGUACACAGUCUAGCAAUACUUUCAAAUUACUGAUGAAUAAGGAAGUUCUGGAGGGAAAAACUGAGCUCCUGUACGUUUUUCUUUUCUGUGUCAUCUCCAGCAUCAGUGGUUGGCUAACACAGAAAGUGACACCAGUAAGAAAGAACGGGUUAGGGUUCCACGGUCGUCCAUGCUCCUUAGAAUGCCAUCGCCUGCCUUGUGCUCACAUCAGUUCUGAUUCAAGUAAAAAGCAAGGCCUUUGGGGGCUCCCAGUGCCCCCACUUACCCCAUUUUAUUCAUAACAUGCUAAAAUGUUAGGAAGCAGUUCUGUGUGGCGUGGGCCCAGCUCCUACUUGGAGAUGCACAGGACCCUCACCCAUGGAUAGGUUCUCCCAUGGGGAAUCAGGCCUGCAAUGUGCCUAGGCCGCUUUGAGUCUUGCUUUGUGCUAAAAACUCUAGUACCUGGAUUUGUGGCAAAUAAAGGCUGGUCAUGGCCGAGGGCCGAGGCUUUUGCUCCCCUUGAGAGAAAAGCCAUGCUGUCCCUUUUCCUCCACAGGACUCGGUAGUCCGUGUGAAUGUCUCAUUUCAUCCAUAAUGACGUGGACACUGCGGGCUGGUGUCUGCAUCAGCUGGGGCACAAUCGGCAAUGAUUUAAACAAAAAGUACCUGAUUGAAAAACAGAAGCGUUCACUCUUGGGUUAUUGGUCAUUCAAAGGGUAAAGCAAUAACCAAGAAUUAUUACUCCCCAGUCUCACCUCCUAUACUCAGAGCGAGGGCAAGUACAAUCUCCUACCAAAACCAAAAUAGUCUCCUCUCUUGUUUACGGUGGCUAGACCCACAGAAAGCUCUGGACAAAAUGGGUUGUUCAUGUACAGACGACCUGGGGCUUUCACAUGGCCUUCGGGGAUGUUACCUGAGGGGAGGUCCUGGGAGUGGUUUCUGAAAACCCUUCCUCCGUUCUCCCCAUUACCCCCUCCUCCCUCCCCUCUGGUUACUGUCAGAUUGUUCGAUGUCUCUGGUUAUAUUUUGUAGGAGACCAUUCUGCGUGGCAUGGGCCCAGCUCCCACUCAGAGAUGCACAGGACCCACACCCACGGAUAGGUUCUCCCAUGGGGAAUCGGGCCUGCAGUGUGCCUAGGCUGCUUUGAAUCUUGCUUUUUGCUAAAAACUCCCUCGCCCAGAUUUGUGACAAAUGUUUACGGCAAAUUAACUUCCUAAAAUCCAUGCUAAACCUUCCAAGGAUGAGUGUAACCUGCUCAACAACUUUUGCCUUUUCAUUUGCAAAUAUUCUUCUUCUGUGUUGUGAUUAGCAGCAUUGGCUCCUUUGUUUUCUGUAAAAAGUAACCACCUAAAGCAACCUGUGCACAGUAGAUGAGGACCAUCAGGUAGUGUGCUGGAAAACCCAAUAAAGGCCAGUCACGGUGAGGGCCAAGGCUUUUGCUCCCCUUGGGAGAAAAGCCGUGCUGCCCCUUUUCCUCCACAGGACUCGGUAGUCUGUGUGAGUCAUUUCAUCCAUAAUGACUCGGACACUGUGGGCCGGUGUCCGCAUCAACAUGCUAACCUGUCCUCUGAAUCUUGGAACAUUCACAUAAGGUGCCCACAGGAGUUAUGUGCUCGCGGGCUUCACAAAGGCUCUGAGUGAAAAUGGACGGUGAGAACCGUGGACGUACAUCUUGCACAUUUCUCCUCAAGUGUAUGCUCCUUUGCCUCAUCAGACUUCAUUUAAAAACCGCAAAUUCAAAGAUAAAGUCCACAAAAUAGUGACAGGGGCAUGACACCCACACAGCUGGCCCUGGGGAUGGACGAGGAGCACUCCUGGAGGAAGGCCGCCAACAGACUGUAGGCUGAGUGGGUUGCACAGGCAAACACUCACCAGUGAGAUGGAUGUCUAGACAGUAAAACAAUUAAAAUGGCAAGAGGCUACAUCAUAAGUCAACUGUCUCCCAAAAAGACUUGGCUGGAAUCACAAAAUGGCAAGAAGUGGCAGAAUGCCCCCGGAGAGAAGGGUGCGUUUUGACAGCACCCGACGUCAAUCACAGAAUUCCCCUUUGAGGGCAAGAACUCCCAAGGCUCAGAAUUGCCUAGGCAGGGAGUGGACACUGCUAGUUCUUGAUGGAGUAAAUGGUAGUCUAAAGCAAUUUUAUACACAACUUUCACACAAAAAUCUAUAUGUAAAAUGAAUAAACACCAACAAAGUGCAUACAAAGGUGUGUUCUCAGAUCUGGGCAAAUAACCACAAGUGGCCACUGAAACUAAAAAAUUCUCCGUCUGUUCGCAUUUCCAGUGUUCAGCAGUCACACAGGCUUCAUGGCUACCAUGUUGAAGAGCACACACACACACACAACAUUUCUGGCGCCAUAGAAAGUUCCACUGGGCAGCCCUCUCAGACCACCCUGCACUGUUUUUUCACUACAACUCUCAGAAUAAGUCUGCUGUAAAGCCUUUUCCCACAAUGUUAUACUCAACAAAGAAUAGAGACGUUUACCUGAUUUAAGACAUGUUUCUUCAACACACCAUCCUUUCCUACUUUAUAUGUUUUUACAACUCCUGGCUUACAGGGAAAAAGCCAGGCAUGAGAUGAGUCAGCACCAUGCUGCUCACCAUGAGAAACCGGCCUCGUCCCGACUGCAGAGUGCACUGCGUGGAGUCCGCACUCUGUCCAUGCGGCGAUCAGAGUCACCAAAGCAGCUCGGCCUCUCGGCCUCCACAUGUCUCCAGUGGCGAAAGCUGACAGAGAUGAGGGGACAGGUUUGCAUCUUAAAGCAGCUCAUCUCUGCCCUCCCGAGGAGCAGGUGAACCUGGCUUUGAGGACACCUGAGCUCAGAAAGGAUCACUCCAGAAACGACAUUUCUCACCCUGGCUGGUGUAGCUCAGUAGAUGGAGCGCAGGCUGCAAACCAAAGGGUCGCAGGUUGAUUCCCAGUCAUGGCACAUGCCUGGGUUGUGGGACAGGUCCCCAGUGGGGUCCAUGCAAGAGGCAACCACACACUGAUAUUUCUCUCCCUCUUCUUCCCUCCC